AUGGAUAAAGACACGGAUAAAAAUAUAUCGAAUGUAAACAUUGACAAGUUAUUGCUGGAAGCUGUGUUAGAGACAGAUUCGGGUGAAGCAAAGAAAAAACGGAAUAAAUUUGAUGAAUCUAUACUUGGCUAUAAAUUUAAGACAAAGCAAUUGAUAUUAAACAAGUUAGAUGCCCAAAAUUAUUCAGCAUUACACUAUGCCGUUUUAAAUAAUAAUGUCCAUUCAAUCGGUAAACUACUUCGUUUUGCACAUCGGAAUAAUCAAGAAUCCAAACCAUUAUUCUCAUCAUUUAUUCCAAAAAAAAUUGAUCAUACUCGAUGUUUAGAUAUUAAUAUUAUCGGUGGCGAGGGGAAAACGCCGCUACACCAUGCAGCAAGUAAAAAAGAGGUCGACAAACAAUCAAUAGAGUUUUUGGAUGCACUUGUACCAGUCGGUCGGCGCUGGUCCACAGUAACAACCGCCCUGGAUCCGCGUAGAAAAACAUCGACUGCCGCAGAUGAACGUACACCGGAUCCUGACGAUGAAAAUCCUAUAACAGGCAAACACCAAUCAAGACCAGUGUCUGAACUUGAGACGUGCAAUACUGUUCCAGUUAAAGCAAUUGGAUUUAUCCAUAGUGAAAACGAAUAUGCUUGA